AUGUCAGGAAAAGUCCACGGCGGAAAGGGUAAGUCUGGCGCAAAGGACGGCCAUUUGAAAACACAGUCCCACUCUGCACGUGCAGGUUUACAGUUCCCCGUUGGUAGAAUCAAGAGGUACUUGAAGAAGACGGCACAGUCGAAAAUCAGAGUCGGCUCCAAAUCGGCCAUUUAUCUUGCUGCUGUCUUGGAAUACCUCACUGCAGAAGUUUUGGAAUUGGCAGGAAACGCCGCAAAGGACUUGAAGGUCAAGAGAAUAACCCCAAGACAUCUACAGUUGGCUAUUAGAGGUGACGAAGAAUUGGAUACUUUGAUCAAGGCCACCAUCGCAUACGGUGGUGUCUUGCCUCAUAUCAAUAAGGCUUUGUUGCUCAAGGUGGAAAGAAACAAAAAAUAG